AUGGAACGGGAGCAGCCAAGGUGCUUUGUGGGAUCGCUUUAUAACGUUGCAGAUGCAACCAUCCUGGCUUUUUACAUUUUAGUAAUUUACGAAAGGGACCGAAAAUCUGAAGUUUUAUUUUUCAUCGUCAACUCAAACUUCUUUGCGAAAUCUGCACAUCUUGAGCGCGAAAGGAAGGUUAAGGUCCGGAAGCCUGCAGGGCACCUCCCCAGGUUUGGGGAGCCCGAUCUGGCGUCUGCAACCACCGAGCCUCCCCAGCUCGGGAGUUUUGAGGAGAGCCCGGGGACGGCUGGGUGUCACGUGGAGGGGCAGCGCGGGGGACGGCGCCUAGGGUUCGAGAACCUCCCCAGCCCCCACCCGGGAAGCUGCCGCUGGGGGGUCGCGUCCCCAGAGCCCAAGCCUGGGGCGUUCACUACCGCCUCGCGGGGAGCGGAGCCCGCCCGCCCGCGGCGCACAGGUGUCCGCGAGGACCCUGUCCCGGGCCCCGCGCCCAGCGCGCUGCACCCCGAGGAGGUCGCCGCGCGGCUGCAGCGGAUGCGCCGGGAGCUGAGCAACCGCAGGAAAAUCCUGGUGAAAAACCUGCCCCAAGACAGCAACUGCCAGGAGGUUCAUGAUUUAUUACAAGACUAUGAGUUAAAGUAUUGUUAUGUGGACAGAAAUAAGCGAACAGCUUUUGUUACCUUACUGAAUGGGGAACAAGCCCGGAAUGCGAUUCAGAUGUUUCAUCAAUAUUCUUUUCGAGGAAAGGAUUUAAUUGUUCAGCUCCAGCCAACAGAUGCUUUGCUGUGUAUUACCAACUUACCCACUUCUUUGACAUUAGAAGAGUUUGAAGAACUUGUUCGUGCUUAUGGAAAUAUCGAGAGAUGUUUUCUAGUCUACAGUGAGAUUACUGGCCGUUCCAAAGGCUAUGGAUUUGUGGAAUACAUGAAAAAGGACUUUGCUGCAAAGGCUAGAUUGGAGUUACUGGGUAAACAAUUGGGAGCAUCAGCUCUGUUUGCACAAUGGAUGGAUGUUAAUCUAUUGGCCGCAGAGCUAAUUCAUUCUAAGUGCCUUUGUAUUGAUAAACUCCCUAGUGACUACAGGGAUUCAGAAGAGCUGUUGCAAUUUUUUUCCAGUAUACAUAAACCUGUGUUUUGCCAGCUUGCACAGGAUGAAGGUAGUUACGUUGGCGGCUUUGCAGUGGUGGAAUAUAACACUGCAGAGCACGCCGAAGAGGUUCAGCAAGCCGCUGACGGGAUGACCAUCAAGGGAAGCAAAGUCCAAGUUUCCUUCUGUGCCCCGGGAGCGCCUGGGCGGAGCACAUUGGCAGCAUUGAUAGCAGCUCAACGUGUGAUGCACAGUAAUCAAAAAGGCUUACUUCCAGAGCCGAAUCCUGUACAGAUUAUGAAAAGUUUAAACAACCCUGCCCUGUUACAAGUCCUUCUACAACCCCAGCUCUGUGGGCGAGCCAUGAAGCCAGCAGUUCUUGGAACACCUCACAGCUUGCCACAUCUGAUGAAUCCAUCCAUCUCUCCUGCAUUUUUACAUCUGAAUAAAGCACAUCAGAAUCUUUCUCAUGUACCAUUGGCACAGCAGCAAUUAAUGAAGUAUGAGAAUAUUCCUACUAAUAAUAAACCGGGCUUACUUGGAGAGCCCCCAGCCAUGGUGCUUCAGAGCGCGGUCGGGAUGGGGGCAGCACUCCCUUUGAAAACAGAGUUGGGUCAUCAUGGAGAAGCACAUAAAACGUCUAGUCUGAUUCCAAUGCAAACAACUGUAACAGCUGGACUGGGCAUGUUACCGUUCUUUCCCAGUCAGCACACUGCUGGACCAGCGGGGCCAGCGCACGGGAAUGCUCAGGAGAAACAGCCAGCCUCGGUGGGGAAGGCAGAAGGAAACUUCUCAGGGUCACAGGCUUUUCUUCAGAGCUUUCCAAACCUUACCGCGGGAGGCUUGCUGACCGGACACCAUAAGCAACAGCAAAGUCAAGCAAGAGGCUCGGAGAUAAGUUCAGGGGCUGCUUCUAAGAAUCAGACUUCACUAUUGGGAGAACCACCAAAAGAAAUACGGCUCAGUAAAAAUCCAUACUUGAACCUGGCAAGUGUGUUGCCCAGUGUGUGCUUAUCAUCCCCUGCAAGUAAAACCACUCUACAGAAGACUGGAAUUGCAAGCCACAUUCUGGAUGCCAUCUCUCAGGGAAAUGACUCACAACACACGUUGGAAAAGUGCAUUUCUUAUUCUCAACCUUUUGGUGAUUAUGCACAGAUUUUCUCUCUCUCUGUUGAAGUUUUGAGUUCAUCCACUCUUCUCUCAAGUCUGGCGUCAUCUUUAAGAAGCGAAAAGCGAGGCUCCUCCUAUCUCGUCUCUGCCCCAGAAGGCAGUUCCGCGGGAUUUGUUGACCAGCAUUCCCAGGGCCCAGGAGCGUAUUACAUGGAAACAUACUUAAAGAAGAAGCGGGUAUACUAAGUUCCCUCUUUAGAGUCUCCUGAGGUUUUUUGCAGUAUCUCUGCGGUUCAUCGCUGCCUUAACUACAUUCAAACUAGCCAUAUCCUUUAAAUACGGGUUUCUAAUUUCCCAGAAGGAAAUGUAUAGUGCAGCAAGCAGAAUUGCCAAAUAAAAAUUAAGUAGCAAUAAGACCAUUGAGGACAGGUUCCAUUAGAAUUAGAUGCAUCUUAAUGUGAUAUUAACUUACAGUCCAUUGGAAAUUUAACAAUGUUCCAGUAUUCCUUGUUUAGGACUGGGAAUAAUUUUGACACCAUAUAUAGACGUGUGAAGCAAUAAAUGGGAGACAGUCUUGUUUCCUGAGCCUUAGAAGAAUGAGUUUCUUAUAUGCCAGUGUGCAUUUCAAUUGGGUAUCCCUAGAAAUAACUCAUUUAGAGAUUUUUUAGGACUUUUUCCUAGAACUACAAGAGGGCAAGUACAAAAUGCAUGGGUGGUAAUGUUCUAAAGAGGCUCUACAUGCAAGCUAAAUACUUACCCCCACUCCAGUAUAAAACCAGAGCGACGUCCAAGUUAUGCACAACUGCAGAUGCUUCACUUUUACGUACCAUUUAUACCUUUUGUGAAGGACAAGGUAUUUUUUAAAGCAGCUUUGGUGAAGUGAUUUCAGGGGUUGGCAGAUGACACCCUGGGGUCGAGUCCAUCAUCCCUGUUUUUAUAUUGUCUGCAAGCUGAGUAAUGUUUCUAUUUUUAAGUGAAGUAGAAAAGAUUUGAAUUCUGUGAAACUCAAAUUUCAGUGUCAUUAUAAAAUUCUAUUGAAAUACAAACCUGUUCAUUCAUUUACAUACCGUCUGUGGCUACUUUUGUGCUCUGACAGAGAUCAGAUGGUCUGCAAAGCCCAAAAUAUUCUCUGGCCCUUUCUUGGGGAGAGUGUGCUGACCCCUGAUCUAAUAGCACGAAUUUUCUAAUCCUUUAACUUGUGCAACAGACUUGUAAGCGGCCAGCAGUGUAGGUUUCUGCAUCUGAUUUCAUGGCAUAAACUAGUGUGAUCUAAUUGCCAGAACAAGGUCUGUUUUGAUUCUUAGAUGCCCUAUCUCCACACUGUAAACAGUCAGUACUGCUCUUUCCGAAGUACUACGGAGGACGAGUGCAGCAGUCCUGAGCUAGCAAGUUAUACGUCACUUUCUGCUUUGCCUCUUACUCUUACCAGCUGUUAAUUUACUUCUGUAAGAAUUGUGUUUAUUGCAUAUAUAACUUUUGACAUCACCAAGUUUGUUCCUUGUUAGUAGACUCAUUGAAGACAUGGAGUUUAAGAGUCUCAGUCUUUUUGAAAUCAGAUAAUAGUAAUUUGGGCAGGAGAUGUGGUUAUGACUAUAUGAGGUUUAAAACUGGUACAUACAUUGAUUAACUUCCAUUUGAAAAUUACAGGUAAAAAAUCGUCUAGGAAGUAAGCUGCCUCUAAGUAACUGGUCAGGGUUGUUAUUACUCAGCAGAUGAAUAAUGGUUUCUCCCCAGUCUGCACUUCUUCCCAUCUCCUACUGCAUUAAGCAUCUUCAGGGCUUAGUCACACCUCUCCGAUAGCACAGACAUAAAUCAGAGCUGCAGAAUGAAAGCAGGAACAGGCUGAAGGCACUAAGAGAUUGUGGACUGGAGCACGUGUGGCUCUGCCAUCUGGACUGGCCUGUGCGCUGUCCUCACUACACAGAACAGCUAAGUGGCGUUUGUUUGUAAUAAGGACCAUUACCAAACUCCCCCACCCCCUGCAAAGUCUCUACUGUUAUUUUUCUAUGUAAACAAAUUGUCUGAAUGCUUUGAAAGUGAAAUCUUAAUAUUAAAAGGCAUAUGCAUGUGA